AUGACAGAUGAUUCGAUCUUUGGGACAUCCUGCAUCUCCCAAGAUCUUCUAUGGGAGCAAUGGUGGUCUAUAGACCAACUGGUCCCGCUUGGUUCGUUGGAAGACGGGAGCAGCACGGCAAACGGCGUCUACGCGCAGACUGGUCCUGUACUCGAUGGGUCUGUAUAUGGCCGUGAUACCAGCUCGACACACCAUUGGAAUGGCACCGGCCCGAUAAUCGACUAUGCCGACCCAUGGAGUGGCCCCAGUUCUGUCACGAUGUACACGGCUCCAUCUUCAGAUUCUGAGCACAUGGCUUCCGAGGAAUUGUCUCCUAUCCAAGGCCCCUGGCAUCCACCCUCAACACCGAAGAAGGCAACUCGAAAGCGGAAGCGCGACUCUGAUGAUGCCGUUCCGCCUCCCAAAUCCGCUAGACAACGUUCGCCGGGUGACCAAGAUAUCAAUCCACAGAAAGAGAAGAAGCCAAAACAUUCAAUUGUUCGCCGCCAGAAGAAUACCAAUGACAAGGGCGCCCAUCCAGCCCAAAAGUGCGAUGAUCACAUUAAAGUGAUUAGGGAACGGAACCGAAUCGCAGCCAACAAACUCCGGGCCAAGAAGAGCGAAGAGGCACUGAGACUUAAGUCUAGUGAGCAGGACGUCGAGCGCAUCCACAGCGACCUGUCCACCUGCGUGGCUGACCUGACCCUCGAGGUGUACGAGCUGAAGAUGCAACUUCUCCAGCACUCUGGGUGCAACUGCACCCUCAUCCAGAACUACCUCGCCUACGAGUCCCAGCGAUACGUACAGGCGUUAGACGAGAAGUCGCAGCAAGAGGCGUCGUAUCAGCAGCCGCAGCGGCCUGUGCAAUGCGAGGGAGAAUAA